ACGCGAGACUUAACUAGUCAUACGGCUCUGGCUGUUUUGAAUGCAAUGAAUGCCUCUACAUUUGUCAUUCUAGUCGUUUUUGUGAGUCAUGCAAUGUGUGUCAAGGAAGAAACGUCGGUGUUUAACGUGCAACCAAAUAGCCGUCAAUCUCAUCACGAAAUUUCACUGGGAAAAGUGAAGUGUGUGUUUUCCUGGGCCGCAGUGGGAGGAACGAAUGAGGACUGGCAAAUCACAUUGACUAAACAGGAUGGGUAUGUUUGCGUUAUUGAAAGACCAGACAAAGCAUCAUACUUAUUCUUCAAAAACUUUGCAGCUUCAGUAAUUGGAGCUGAUUUCAAUUCAGCUGAAGUGUUUGACAGUAUGGGUCAUCUAAUAAACGAAGAAGACUUUACAGCGAACACUGGUCAAGGUUCAGUGCAGAGUGUUGAAGGCAAAUUCAAGAACAGUCUGGGUAGACUAAUUCUGAGAGCAACCAAACACAAACGCAAAAAGGAACUCUAAGUUUGUAGCGUUAUGUACCAAAUCAGCAAGUGAUUUAGUAAACGGUGAGGAC